CUUGAAGUGGUAGAGCAGAGGAAGCACAGGGCUAUGUAACACAUCUCAGGCUGCUCUGCAUAACUCAGCAUCUACCAGGGUGACCCUCUUACUAGAGAUCUCUUUCUCUUUCACCCGCCGUUCCUUUAAUUAACUCGCAGCACCUUAUUUAACCCCCUGCAUGCCUUUUUACUAUAGUCUCAUCUUUCUUCUAUUUCACCCCUUUUUAGGAUAGUUUCCCCCUUUUCUCCAACUCCUAUCUGCCUGCACUAUAGCAGAGACAAUCGCAGGCGGUUAUAAAGGAAAAAAGUGCUUUUUCUGAGACAAUUUGCAGGAAUACAGCAUUGCACCUCUAUUGGAUGUGCCGGGCCUUCAUACAACCCCGGAUAAUACCCCGGAGCGGAGGAUUAAAGAGCAAGAGGAGUACCUGUCUUCUAACUGGCUAUGGUUUACCUACGGGAGAUGAGUCAUCUGUUCCUUCUUGUUUCAUUUUUUCCCAUGCUGCCUCACUCCGCAUCUUCUCCUUUCUCUGGGCAACAACAACCGCACUCUAUUCCAGACCCCUGCUAUGAUGAGCAUGGCCUUCCCCGACGCUGUGUGCCAGAAUUUGUUAAUGCAGCAUUUAACAAAGAAGUCCAAGCCUCCAGUACGUGUGGGCGUCCGGCAACUCGCCACUGUGAUGCUACAGAUCCUCGGAAGUCACACCCAGCCUCAUAUCUCACUGACCUUAACACGGCUGGGAACAUGACCUGCUGGCGAUCGGAGACCUUCCCUCGUCACUCUUCUCAGAACGUCAGUCUCACCCUCUCGUUGGGAAAGAAAUUUGAGGUAACCUAUGUGAGUCUUCAGUUCUGCUCUCCCCGUCCAGAAUCUGUGGCCAUUUUCAAGUCCAUGGAUUAUGGGAAAAGCUGGGUCCCAUAUCAGUAUUACUCAUCACAGUGUCGUAAAGUGUAUGGCAGACCUAGCCGUGCAAGUGUUACCAAACAAAAUGAGCAGGAGGCUUUGUGCACAGAUGGACAAACAGAACUUUAUCCACUCACUGGUGGACUAAUAGCCUUCAGUACAUUAGAUGGACGACCUUCUGCCCAGGACCUUGACAAUAGCCCUGUUCUGCAGGACUGGCUGACUGCCACGGAUAUUCGUGUGUUCUUCAGCCGCCCUCACCUUCUAGGAAACAAGGACUCUGAGGCAAGUGAUGAAGGCCCAGGUUUCUUCUACUCAGUGGGAGAGUUUCAAGUUGGGGGAAGGUGCAAAUGCAAUGGGCACGCAUCCCGCUGUGGCAAGGAUAAGGAGGGUCGCUUGAUCUGUGAUUGUAAGCACAACACAGAGGGCCCAGAGUGUGAUCGAUGUAAACCCUUUCAUUAUGACCGUCCAUGGCAGAGAGCCACUGCACGUGAGGCCAACGAAUGUAUGGCCUGCACCUGCAAUCUGCACGCCCGGCGCUGUCGCUUCAACAUGGAACUCUACAAGCUUUCCGGGAGGAAGAGUGGGGGCGUCUGCUUGAACUGUCGCCAUAACACAGCCGGACGCCACUGCCAUUACUGCAAAGAGGGCUUCUACAGGGAUGUUAGCCGGGCCAUCACUGACCGCAGGGUUUGUAAAGCCUGUGACUGCCAUCCUGUGGGAGCAGCUGGAAAAACCUGCAACCAGACCACUGGUCAGUGCCCUUGUAAAGAUGGAGUAACGGGCCUUACAUGCAAUCGAUGUGCCAAGGGAUACCAGCAGAGCCGUUCUCCUAUUGCUCCCUGUAUCAAAAUCCCAGCCAUGGUCCCUACCCCUGCUCUCACUAGCACAGAGGAGCCAGCUGAUUGUGAGCAGUACUGCAAGCCUCCCAAGGGAAACUACAAGAUCAACCUGAAGAAAUACUGCAAGAAAGAUUUUGUGGUCCAGAUAAAUGUGUUGGAGAUGGAGAUGAUUGGUUCAUGGGCGAAGUUCGCGGUCAACAUAUUGUCUGUCUACAAGUGCCGAGAUGACAGAAUAAAACGCGGGGACAACUUCCUAUGGAUUCACAUAAAGGACCUGUCCUGUAAGUGUCCCAAAAUCAUGCUGAGCCGCAGAUACCUUGUGAUGGGCAGCAGCGAAGGGCCUGGCGAGAGACCAGGACUCACAGCCGACAAGAACAGCAUGGUUAUCCAGUGGAGGGAUGCUUGGACCCGACGUCUUAGGAAACUUCAACGCAGAGAAAAGAAGGGCAAAUGUCUCAAACCCUAAAAAAAGUCUGAUGUUAAAGGUAUUCGGAACCCUGUAUAUAAAAGUUAUUGCUCUUGAGAUUGUGGACAUUCUUAUACCACCCAAUUUUAGAGGUGUUGUAAUAAUAGUGGUGCUGAGACUGCAGCCCAGACGAGGUCCACACAUGUGGAAUGAGGCUUCUUCUCGAAGGAUUAUGAAGGUAGAGUGAGAUUAUUGCAGUACUUACUUCCCACCUAUCUCAGAACCACUCCAGACAUUGCAUGCCUACGAGGACAGCUCCUGUAGCGUGCAUUAACAGCUCAAACAUUUCUUGGGUCGGAAUUCUGUUUUUCUGGAGUCACCAAGGCCAGAGUGCUAUAUUCUUAGGCAUUGAUAACAGGAAUUUGCAAGACUUGGCCGCCUGCAGCUCUCCUGAUAAACAUUUGUUGGAAAUUUUUACAUGAAAUGUAAACAGAGGAUAACGGGAAGAGCCAAACUUUAGCCAUGUUCUCUCAGACAAUGAUUUUUGCCAGAAGAUCUCCUUCAGAACUCUAUUCUGCCUUAAAGGGCAAUAUUUACAUGACUGUACUGGCAGAUUCCUAGCAAAAAAGAAAAUAAUAUGACAUAGCUUUACACGUAAGGCUAUUAACGUUCUCUUUACCUGGAGCCAUUUUUGGAUGAGCCCAGAACAAAAGCUGUUCCUGUUUUAUUCCAUCUUAAAAGUGCAUCCCGAAUGCCCAAAAUAUUCUGUUCUUGAACUUUAUGUGAUGACAAACAGACUGUAACAGGUGUCCGAUUAGAAUGUUAUGUUGGGUUGUGUUGACCCUACAGCCCAUCGAUAUGCCUUGUUUUCCCUAGUUAUGAAGACCUGCAGAGUACAGUAUAGUAAUUGAAAUCUCUGCCAAAGAACACAGCAUUUGGUGACGCUUUCCCUGAAGUUAUGAAUAAAAGGACCAUGGGGGGGGGGAACUGUGUAAAUUUGUUCAGAUAUGCAAAAUAGUGUGAGAAUGUACUUUUCCUUGUGUUUUACCUGCUUCAGUAAAGACUAUCCUCGGCGGCGGUGCUCUGUAGCACAAGUUUAGGCCUCUGAAGAAGAGAAUAACAUUAUUGUGGUUUGUGUAGUAUUUUUUGUACUUUUAAAAGUAGCCUUGGAACAUGGAAGGGCUGUAUGUCUGGUUUGUAAAAUAUCUAUACUUAUGGCCUCUUCAGUCACUGUUGCUUCUUUCCCUGAAAUAAACACACAAGUCCAGAAUGGGGUGAUGGUUGCUCAAUAAGGCACCAGUACCAUCUCUAGGUCCCAUGGGAAACUGGCUCAUACCACCCAGCAUUUGAAUUCUAAAAAGAGGAACAAUUUAGUCCAUAUACCUGCUCCUCCCCACCAUGCCCAGUUAAACCCAACACACCCUCAAAUCACCUGGAGCCCUUCUUUUGAGCUCUGAGACUUCACCUCCUAAAUCAAAAUAUAUGACAUACACAUAUGGGGCAACAACUAAAGCAUUUAGGAUUGGGUGGGGGGGGGGUGUAGAGCAGUUUUUUAAUGGAGCCCCUCAUUUUGUGGAGUUUGUUCCCCCUAAUUACAGGAUGUUCUGAUUGUAUAGUUCUUUUGAGAGACCAGCGUUGGACAGGAGUAUCCAGGUUCCACCGGUGGCCUGAGUCAAGACCUGUGUAUCUCUUUCAUCUCAUCUCGGUGUAUGCUAUCAGGGCUGUUCUUAGCAGAGUCAGUGAUGCCAAAAUGCCAUUGUUAUUAAACAGAACAGUCAGGACUUUUGUAGUUUAACUGCAGAUAGAUACUGGACCCUUUAAUUCUCCAUGAAAGUUUAAAGAGGGCACAGCCGUUUAAAAGCCUUGCAUAAUGUGUCUUCUUUUCAUUAAUCCCAAAGUUUUGGGAGCUGCCAGGAAAGAUGCUGGCAAUGAAUCCAUAUUGUGCUGUAUUCUCAAUAGAUAAAUCAUGUUAAAAUUGUUUCUCAUUAAAACCUCUCCCUUUUUAAUUUUCA